GCGGCGGUGGUGGUGGCGGCGGCGGCGGCUGCGCUGAGGGCCCGCGGCCGAGGGAGGCCGUGUGCCGACCAUGGCUGAGAAGCAGAAGCACGACGGGAGGGUGAAGAUCGGACACUACGUGCUGGGGGACACCCUGGGCGUCGGCACCUUCGGCAAAGUGAAGAUUGGAGAACACCAACUGACAGGCCAUAAAGUGGCAGUUAAGAUCUUAAAUAGACAGAAGAUUCGCAGUUUAGAUGUUGUUGGAAAAAUAAAACGAGAGAUUCAAAAUCUUAAACUCUUUCGUCAUCCUCAUAUUAUCAAACUUUACCAGGUGAUCAGCACUCCAACAGACUUUUUUAUGGUCAUGGAAUAUGUGUCUGGAGGUGAAUUAUUUGACUACAUCUGUAAACAUGGGCGGGUUGAAGAGGUGGAAGCUCGGCGACUCUUUCAGCAGAUUCUGUCUGCCGUGGAUUACUGUCACAGGCAUAUGGUUGUCCAUCGGGACCUGAAACCAGAGAAUGUGCUGCUGGAUGCUCAGAUGAACGCUAAGAUAGCUGACUUUGGACUGUCUAAUAUGAUGUCAGAUGGUGAAUUUCUACGAACUAGCUGUGGAUCGCCAAACUAUGCAGCACCUGAGGUCAUCUCAGGAAGGUUGUAUGCGGGUCCCGAGGUUGAUAUCUGGAGCUGUGGCGUUAUCCUGUAUGCCCUUCUCUGUGGCACCCUCCCCUUCGAUGAUGAGCACGUGCCUACACUCUUUAAGAAGAUCCGAGGGGGUGUGUUUUAUAUCCCGGAAUAUCUCAACCGUUCUGUUGCCACUCUGCUGAUGCACAUGCUGCAGGUGGACCCCUUGAAGCGAGCAACUAUCAAAGACAUCCGAGAACAUGAAUGGUUUAAACAGGAUUUGCCCAGUUACCUAUUUCCUGAAGACCCUUCCUAUGAUGCUAACGUCAUUGAUGAUGAGGCUGUGAAAGAAGUAUGUGAAAAAUUUGAGUGUACAGAAUCAGAAGUAAUGAACAGUUUAUAUAGUGGUGAUCCUCAAGACCAGCUUGCAGUGGCUUAUCAUCUUAUCAUUGACAAUCGGAGAAUAAUGAACCAAGCCAGUGAGUUCUACCUCGCCUCUAGUCCUCCAACUGGUUCUUUUAUGGAUGAUAGUGCCAUGCAUAUUCCCCCAGGCCUGAAACCACAUCCUGAAAGGAUGCCACCUCUUAUAGCAGACAGCCCCAAAGCACGGUGCCCAUUGGAUGCACUGAACACAACUAAGCCCAAAUCUUUAGCUGUGAAAAAAGCCAAGUGGCAUCUUGGAAUCCGAAGUCAGAGCAAACCAUAUGACAUUAUGGCUGAAGUGUACCGAGCUAUGAAGCAGCUGGAUUUUGAAUGGAAGGUAGUGAAUGCCUACCAUCUUCGAGUAAGAAGAAAAAACCCAGUGACUGGCACUUACGUGAAAAUGAGCUUGCAGCUUUACCUGGUUGACAAUCGGAGCUAUCUUUUAGACUUCAAAAGCAUUGACGAUGAGGUGGUGGAGCAGAGGUCUGGUUCUUCAACACCUCAGCGUUCCUGUUCUGCUGCUGGCCUGCACAGACCAAGGUCAAGUUUUGAUUCCACCACAGCUGAGAACCACUCACUUUCUGGUUCUCUCACGGGCUCCUUGACUGGAAGCACUUUGUCUUCGGCUCCCCCGCGCCUGGGCAGUCACACCAUGGAUUUUUUUGAAAUGUGUGCCAGUCUGAUCACUACCUUAGCUCGCUGAUACUCUACCACUGGUUUCUGUCUUUCUGUUACUGCACUGUGAAAAAUCACAUACACUCUUGAAGUUAGUAUCUCACUUUUGGGUAUUACAUACUCUGCAAUAUCAAUUGAUGUGAAUAUUCCCAGGUGACAUGCAGUGUAUUGAAAUUACUGAAAACACAAAAGUCUGGCGUUUUGUUUACUUUUAGAAUUCUAUUCUACUGUGCCUAUGAUGAAUUCAAAUAGGUAGUACCUUUAAUGGAUGAAUGUUGAUAAAGUUUGCUAGUUUAUACUUGUGAGUUCACUACACAUGAUGAGCACACCUCACUGAUAAACCAGCUAAUUUAGAAGGUGAUACCUCCUUCCUUCAUGUUUAGUGCACGUAAAUCCAGUUUGCUUCCUAAAUUUCAAAAGGUGUCAGACUAUCCAGGAACCCAGUUUUCUUGCACAAGGAGAUUAAGAAUAGAAAAAGUGUUAGUCAAAUAUUUAAAUGUACAAAUCUGAAAAUCUUAUCCCCCUAAAUAUUAGAAAACAAAUUCUUUUUAAUGGUUUCUGCAAAUACAGCUUAGUAUUAGCCAGAAAGACUGUGUUUCUGUUAACAGGUGCCCAGUCUCCAGGCUUCUUAACAUUUGUGCAAGGCCCCUAGUUAAAUACCACCACCACCAAGCAAGACAAAACCAUGCAAAAGUAAUACACAGUUUAAUGAAACAAGGCAAAAUACCAACAGCCCCGUAAAGGAAAUUCUACUCUGAUGACCUGUUUUGUGUUUAUGGCCCUGGGGUGUGUUGGGAGGGCCAGGAGGUUAUGGCCCUGACGUCUUUGCUGAUUCACCUAAGGUUUAAGUUGUUAGUGAUGCCACCUCCGUCUUCAAUAGCCAUUGUCUUUGUUCAUUGUUUUUCAGUCUUGUGUGGUUCCUGGUCUUGUAUCUUUCAGUUCAAAGCCCUGUGUUGUCCAUGGGGCCUUUGUGUACUUCCAAAGCUUGAUUGCUGUGACCUUCACUGUUGAAACUGAUUGGACAGGGAAGCCUUAAACAUUUCAAAGUAUAUUCUCCUGGAAUAAGUAUAUGUGUUGUUUACAUAUAUACAUGUAUGUAUUGACACAUCAGUGCUUUUAAUCAAAAAGAACCAAACUUUUUUGUGCAAGUUUUUUUAAAAUUUAAGAUAAAAACACUAUAUAGCAGGAUAAAAUUAAUUGAUUAUAUUUUGUUUUAGUAAAAGUAUUUUUAAAUUAUGUAUAAUUUAUCUAAUAAUGUAUUUAUUCAUUUAUUGUAUUUAUGUUGUGAUUAAAAAAAUCAUUGACUGGAUUUACCCUAGAAAAUAUUAAGCUCUUGAAAAUGAAAGCAACAUUGCCUUGACAGGUUUCUCUUCACCAAAAAUGGUAUAUUUCUAUCUACCAAGAAGAGCAAAUGAGACUAUUAGACUAAGUUUCUCAUGUGUUUAUGGAAGACAAGUUUGUCUGUCUGUAAAUAGCUUUUUAAAUCAUGAGUUUGCAUCGUAUCCCAUCAGAUAAUAUUGUAGUUCUUUUAGAAAAUGAUGGUCAAUACUUAUCACUCCAAUUCUCAGUAUCAAAAUCUAAAGGACCUUUGUUCUCCAAUUUGAGAAAGAGGGUGGGUGUACAAUUAAGGUAGCUUAAGUUUUUAAUCUUUGAAAGAUUGCCAUCUUGUGGCAGUAGACAGUAAUUUUUAGUAGUUGUUUUAAUAGCAAUACUUAGCCCUGUUUUCUCUAACGUGUUUUAUGGAUGUUUCAUAAUUUUGGCUUCUCCAAAUGUGUACAUAUCCCUUUGUGUGUGUAGGGGAGCAUACCACCUCUAAAUAUUUGCCUAAGUAUGAAUGGAAAACUUUGAAAUAAGGAACUGAUUGGAUUCCUUAUCUCUAAUAACAACAUCCACAACAGUUUUAAAGACAGGAAGGAUGCCAGAAUGCUUUAUUAGUCUAGUGAAUUUGAUGUUAAAAGCUUGCUCAUAGCAAAAUUACUUUGUUUGAAUGAUUAUGAUGCUAUUGGAGAGCUAAAAACUUAUUUACUAUUUUCUUGGUUCCAGUGUUUAUAGAUAUCCAGGUUGACAGUUACCUGUUGAAUUUCAGGAGAACUGAAGGUCAUCACUUUGUUUCUUUUCUUCUCACAUUUUAAAACAUAAUUCUUUUAUGAGUCUAGGUGAUGGAGUAAUUGGUUUGCAGAGAGAAUUCAGUGAAUCCUCUAGCAGAACAGAAGGCAGACCUUUGUCCUAGCACAGGUUUCUGUUACUCUUGGGAACAAAGAAGGAAAGAAUUCUUUGCAAAUUUAAAAUUUCCACAUUUCAGUCAACACUGGAUGUAGUAGAUACUGAGUUAAGAUCAGGCCCUCUUGGAUCCUAGGGAGAAUUACUGUUAGGUUAUAGAUGUAGGCCUUACUUAAAUCCUGGAAAUAGAUUCCAUCUGGUUCUAAAAUAGUAUUUCCUAAAACAAGGAAAUCCAUGGAAUAAUUUUGGAAAACCUUGUGUUCUGCUCUGCACCUUACAGAGGACAGUGGGUAUUAGCACUAAAGACUUGGAUGAGUUCUUUCAGAAAAAGCAAGCCACAUAACUGUGUGUAACCCUACUUUGCCCAAGCUAGUUUACUGUUUCCAAACAUCUGCUGAGUAUGGUUGCUUCCCUGUAAUCCUAGUGGGAAGCAUGAGGCCAAACUAGACUAGAUAGAUAGCAAGGCCUGUUUCACAAAGAAAACAAUAAAGAAACCUUAACAUCCAAUAAUAAAAUAUGGAAAACAGUUGGCCCUGAGUGCCACAGCCAGUGUGGUUGUGACACUUAAGACACACUUCUUCCCUUUCAGGUGCUUUGGACAGCCUGAAUCAAGUUCAGAACCACUCCGUGUGCCGGCAGACAUGUCCAUCCUGGGUUUGCAGCUGGUAUCACGUGUUGGGUUCUUGACCAGACAGAUGGUUUUGUGGUAGAAUUUCUAUUCUUUUUUCUCUUAAUAGAUGACUGAAAAGUCUUAAACAAGAUUACUUGUGGAAAACAAAAGAAUAAGAGACCAGUGACUUUCUACUAUCCGUUUUAAUUCAUUCUUCAGUGGCCACUGAACAUUUCCUAAGUACUUUUUGUUAGGAAACCAAAAUUGAAGCUGUCCCAAAUUAAAUCUGCAGGGAGAGAGAAAAGCAAACCAUCCACAAGUUAGGGUUUUGUUUUGAUGAAGAAACCAUUUUAGAGCCCCUUGUCACAUCUGGUCAUCUGCAGAGAGAACUCAGGGGCCUAAGCUAAGCAGAAAUAUAUGUCCUUGUGUGCCAGGGAAUUGGCUUAUGUAGUGCAGUAAUUCUCUACUUUAUGCAAAUAGGUCUUCAAAGAUACUUAUAUAAUUCUGGGUAUACUUUUUCCUUAGCUAGUUUGUACUCAGGGAAUACAAAUUUAAUACUUGAGGUAAAAUAAAAUAUAAUUGGAAAAUAAUCAUAAACAACCAAAUCAGAUUUUUACACUCCUUUAUCUGUAGUAUCUACUAAUAUGUAAGCAUGCUUAAUGUGGGCCCCACAUUGAUGUUUAUAAGAUUUAACAGCCUGGAACAUACCUACCACAGACACUGCAGCUCUGUUCACUGGUUAAUAAGUUAAACUCCCAGGAUGAAGUCUCAUAUCUAAAUUCGAGAUCUGCUCAUAGACCUGUCUGGUUUGUGUUUGGUUUAAAGAUCUGAAACUCUUCAGUCUGGCAUAUCUCUCCCUGUUAGCUUUCCUUCAGUUACCCUGUGGCUUUUAGAGCAGGGGUUAGCAGUUCAGCAGUUCGCAGCAGCUCUGUUGAAAAGUUGGGGUGAAGGCUACGUACAUCUCUUAGUAAGUUUCAUCUUGGACUUGGCAUCAAUUUUGAGACCCUGAAAUGUCCCUUUGAGCUCAAAAGUUCUGCCUUGUUUACUUCAGAGAAUUUGUGUUAGUGUCCACUUUUUAUGUAUUUGUAUUUUUAUAUUAGUAUGAAUGUUUUAUCUUAGUUUGAGUCAUUUCAAAGGUGUAUACGCCCGUAUUAUUCUAAACACAGCUACUUGCACUACUGGAAUGCAUAUGGAAAAAAUCAUCAGCAAAUCAAAAGCAUCCUGUGAACUCAGCAUUGAUCAGAAAAUGGCGACUAUGUAGUGGUGGCAGUGCUAGCACUUUUCCAGUUCUGUUAGUGCUUCCUUACAGUAACAGUCCCGUGAGCAGGAACAGCAGUCUCUCCAUAAGUCAUGAGUGCCAUGCAUGGAUUGAUUCAGUGGUGGCCAGUCAUCCCUUAUAAUACUUCACCUUUCUUCUGGGCUCAACAGUUUGAGUUUGUGAAAUAUCUGCUAGGCAAGUAAUAAAAAUAAACACUGGUGUAUUGCUUCUAAGUCCUGGAGUGACAUACAGUAGUUGUAGCUGAAUAUAUCUAGUUUAAUUAUAAAAACUAGUUGAUUGCACUAACAAGAUGUAAUUAUGUGAAAUAUUUAUGAUUAUAUUGAUUUUUAUAAGUGUAAGUUAUUGAGGGUGCUUAAAAUCUAGAAAAAUCUCUAGAACAUAAUUUUUUCUUCAAUUUUAUUUAUGUGAUUUUUGGGGUGUGGGACUUUUGUACUGGGGAUUGAACCAGGGCUUCACAUGUGUGAAGCACGUGCUUGAUACUGACCUAACCCCCUGCCCACAUCCUGUGACUCUUAAGGUACAGUCUCUCUCUGGAAAGGAGAGCCCCGGUCCCCAUCUAAGUGAUCAUAGUUUGUGACUGUUAGCUGAAAUAGGCUUAGCUAAACUUCAUAUUGGUAAUUUUUUAUUUUGUGCAUAAAUGAUAUGACACUAUUUUCAUAGAGUAUGUCUCUAUGAACUACCUAGUCACUAUUGGCUUGAUAGAAAUUCAAGCCUUUUCAAACUUGGAAAUAUAACUUAAUGAGCUUUAAAUCACUCACACACGUAUAUAUGUACAUAUACAUAUAUAUUUAAACAAGUAAGCGGCUUCUGUACCAACCUUACCUUGAAUAUUUAUGAUGCAGUUGAUGCCACCAAACAGUUAUAACAUGAGGAACAGGACCCACAGUCUAGACUGGAUUAAGUUUCAUUAAACUUCUUCAGCCAUAACCUGAUAAGAAUCAGGGCCCAGCUAGAAGUUAUCAGACUGCAGGCCUGUGUUUUGUGAGCCAACAUUAAUGUUUACUGCCAGCCUUGCAUAGCGAUGCUGUUUGUGACUGCAUGUGACUUUUGGUAACUUUAGUUUAUGUUGAAAAGCAGUUCAAAUUUUAGAGAUAAUUCAUGAUUAUUUGGAAAAGCAGGGUGGGUAAAUUCAAUUAUAUUUAAAGUGCAAUUAAGGAAAUUCUAGGGUAUAAUAUUCUCUCCAGUUUAAAAAAAAAGUUAAGGAUUUGUAGAAUGUCCUAGAAUGAAGAAAAAUUUCAACAUAGACUUUUUAAAAUAAGGUUUAUGCAAUAUUUUUUUUAAUUCAAGAUUUGCUACUUUGUGUUAAUUUAAAAUUUUAAAGAGAAACAGAAGCCUCCUAGGAAAGAAUUGCAUUAUUUUUCUCCCGCUAAUCUGAAUGCUAAAAGUCUCCUGUAAAUAAGUUUUGUUACCAAAUGAAGCCCAUUUUUCUAAAUGGAGAACGUUUUCCUAGAAUGGAAGAGACAUAGACCCACUGUCUACACAAAGAAAGAAACAGUACCUGGUGCCUUCUCAAACAAUUGCAGAGGAAAAGCAAACACACGUUUAGACUCCAUUUCCUUGUGAGUUCUGUUUCCUUGUGACCUGCCCCACAAGCCGUCUCGUGGUUGGCUUCUGCCUUUUCAGUUCCACCUGACCAAACCUCACACCGUCACCGCCGGAAGUUGUUCACUGAGUAGAGUUUCUGUUUCACUUAUUUCACUUUUUAAAGCCACCUGGGCAAAUAUUUGGCUGCCUUCUGCUUUUAAAAUGAAUGCAAUUACUAGCAAUCUUUAUAUUUUAAAGUUUAUAAAUGAAAGAAAUGCAGCACUAAAGACCGAAUCUAAUUGAAAUGGACUUCCCUGUUUGCUACUAUAGCAGCACAAGUUUGGAACCUUCUGUAGUUUCUCUGGUACAAAAUGUGGAUAAUAACCUACCUCACAGAUGUGUGUGAGAAGCCGUUUGGAAGCCCGUAAGGAGGAGGGCUUUAGAGCCCCAUAUUCAAUGUCAAGCCUUCCUUUUCUACUAGACCCCUUUGAUACUGAUGGGAUGAGUAUCUUAUUUUUAGAUGUCAUAUGUAAUAAGAGCAUAGUGCUGAGAAUGUUUAAGACAGUUUCACAAACUUCAGUGUUCUUAUUGUAAGACACUUAACAUUUCUUGGAAACCUCAAAUAUUUAAAUAUCAAACCUGUCUUUUGUUUCAAUAAAUAUUGUUAUUCAGAAUGUUGGCUAAAGCUGCCUUAAUGUACCAAAAUACAGCUUUCUGUCCAGACUGUUCACAAAUACCCAUGGUUGUACUGUUUUGAGUGUUGAUUGCGAAGUUGUUAUGAACUAUGACCUUGAAGGAUAGUAUUUUUAAAUUAUUUUGUGAGUAAUGGUUCUGUUUUUAUCACAUUUAACUAUUAUACAGUGAUUUUUGAGUGUGAACAAUAAAAUUGAAAUUUGGCAGAUACUAGGUUACCUGUAUGAUUAUAACAUAAUGCAUUACUGGAUAGUAAUUAUUUGAUUUGUUUUUCAGGAACACCAUGCAUUCAUUUUUAGCCUGUAAAAUAGUCCCACAAUGUAUUCAUGUAUUAACUCAUUGGCGCAGUGCUAGAGUAUGUCUUUAUUUAAAAACAUUGCUAAAUCAUUGAAAUGGGACUACUUUUUACAGUUGGUUUCAGAACAGAAGACAACAGACUCGAAGUGAUUUUGUUUAAAUAACUAGAUUCUAAUUUCAAUUUUAUUUGUUAUGCAUUUUUGUGAGUUAAAUGAUCGGUGGGAAGGAUUUAUCUUUAGUAACCAUAUAGAAAAGGUUAGUGAAUUGCAGAGCAUUUCAUAUUUGCAGGUUCUGUCUAAUUAAUGUUUGAACUGUAUGGAACUCAUUGGCAACAAACACAAGAGAAAAGUGGCCUGUCUGAUUGUGUGUCUGCAUUUUCCACAGAAUCAAAUUAAAAUCUGGUUAAUUUGAAAGUUA